CAGUGUUCCUCCUCUACUUAAGGUGUUGUCAUAUCCGUGUUGUUGUCGGAUUAACGCGAUUCUCAUUUGUGCGGAAAUGGAUCGCAGAAAUACAAGUUAGAGUGAGCAAAUGCGGAAAGGAGAUAGUUGCUGCAGAUGCAAGCAAUGCAGUGGUCAGCGAAUUUGAUUGGAGUAAAGUUGUACAAGGACAGAUUCUUGGAGCCUUUUUCUGAAAUUACCUCUGAAGUUAAGCUCCUCUCUACUUACACUAGCUAGCCGUGUAGCCGCUCGUACCGUCCUUAUGUUUUGGUUGCCCUUCGUGUGGCCAUCGGAUUUCUGCAGGGUGCAAAAUUCCCUGCAAUGCACACAAUGUGGUCGGUUUGAGAUCCUCCGCUUGAGCUUUCGAUCCUUUCUGGUGUAACCUACGCAGGAGCUCAGAUUGGAAAUCUAUUCGUGUUGCCGUUUUCGGGUUUCCUCUGUCAGUAUGGUUUUGAUGGCGGUUGGCCGAGUAUCUUAUACAUUUUAGGUCUUAUGGGAUGUUAUGGUGUGCUAUUUGGAUGUACAAGUCUUUUGAUAGACCUAUAAAUCACCCCCGAAUCUCUGAGGCAGAAAAGCAAUGCAUCACAAAGGCUGUUGAAGAAAGUGUGGGAAAACACACAGGCAAGCCCCCUAGCACACCAAAAGGUAUCAUUCUGACAUCAAGAGCCGUUUGGGGCUGGUUCGGUCACUUUGCCGGCGACUGGGGAGCUUACACUAUGCUUGUAUGUGCUAGUCUCGAUCUGUCCUUAGUAUGUUCUCUAAAAAUAUUUCCAACCUUGACUAAUUGUUAGCUGUACUAGCUUUCGUUUGUUAUGAACCUAUCAUUUGUCAUAUUCUUUGUUCCACCCACCUUGUCAAAUGUGAUUUCAUCAGUUCUUUUGGAUUUUUGCUACGAGAACAGUUUUACCAUUUUAGCUUGGAGUGUUCCGAGUUCAUUGCAUGCCGAUCUCCUUGCAUUUCGGUUGUGCUGGUUAGUCACGAUUAUCGUGUUGGAGAACUAUCACAAUCGAAAUGCAAGAAGA